AUGGAGGAUUUAGAUGCUUUGCUGGCAGAACUGGAGCAGAGCUCUCGCCCGGCCUCUGAGGACCACGUGCUGCAGGCUCCAAGCUCCUGCAAGCAGGACCCAGCCACAGCCAGGCCCCCAGCUGCCCAGGGCCGUGAGCCACCUCCCUCGGCCACACUGAAGGUGCAGCCAUCACCUCGGGCUCAGGUUCUGGGAGAGGCUUUGAAGACUGUGUACAGCCCCAUACCAGCCCCGCAGCCGCUGCUUCCCUCGUCCCCACCCACAGCAGCUGCCCAGCAGCUGGACGAGCUCCUGGCCAACCUAGGCCACCUGCAGAACAAGCUGGCGGCUGCGGGGCACGAAGCCAGGGUGCCAGCGGAGCCCGAGCCCUCGCUGGACACCAUGCUGGGCAGCCUCACCCGGGACCUGCAGGAGCUGGGCAUCACAGCUGUCCCCACUGGCACCUGCGCUGCCUGCCGCAAGCCCAUUGCUGGCAAGGUGAGCCCUGUGCUGCCAUGCCAGCCCCCCUCCUCUCGGCAUCCCCUGGAGCUGCUCUCACCGGCCCCCGCCUCCUCGCAGGUGCUCACGGCCCUGGGCAAGACCUGGCACCCCGAACACUUUGCCUGUGCCCGCUGCGGGGAGGAGCUGGGCGGCCAGCCCUUCUUUGAGCGAGGCGGGCGGGCAUACUGCGAGGAGGACUACCACCAGGCCUUCUCCCCGCGCUGCGCCUACUGUGCUGGCCCGGUCCGCGAGAAAGUCCUCACGGCCCUGGACCAGACGUGGCACCCCGAGCACUUCUUCUGCGCCCACUGUGGGAAGGCGUUCGGAGACGACGGUAAGUCCCGGGGUACAGAGCUGCAGAAAGGCACCUUCCGUGAGCGCGGCGACAAGAUGUACUGCCAGGCCUGCCACGACAAGCUCUUCCUCUGA